GUUAGGUUAAACAAAGCAGCAACCCCAUUACUAUUACUACUACUUCAUUGAAUGAUUGAACAACAACAAAUUUACUCCAGUACUUCUUUCACUGUGCCUUCCAUCACAGCCUUUUUUUUACUUACAGUUUACAGUACUACUUCUUCCGGUCCGGUCCUAUAUGUUUUCUUUCUCCUUCCUUAACCACAUACAUUAAUUUUAUUAUGUUAGUCGGAGCAGUAGAAUAUAUCAUCAUUUGAUGUUUUCUUUCAUACCGAUUCCCAAUGCUUUCCAUACCUACCAAUCCUACCACAAAAGAAGAUCAAAAGAUGUCAUUCAUUCAAGGAUCUCAUCAACAUAUUGAAGAUGUAUGUAAUCCACACUUGGAACAAUAACAUCGAUGUACUUUUUCAUAGAACCAGGCAAAAUGGCUAGACAAUCAGAUCGGGGUGGGUGAUGCAAUCAAAAUUGGACAACCAACCAACCAACCAACCAACAACAACAGGAUGGAUGGAUGGAUGCUAGAUUUGACUCUCUUUCAUCGCAAAUCUAUCUCAGAUCUGACGCAACAAAUUGGUUUGCCACAACCAUAUACUACCAUGGAUUCUUCUCCAGGUUAUUAUGAACUUGAACUCACUUUGCAUCCUGAGAUUAUUUUUCUAUCUGCAAGUUAUUCAAUAUGUGUUUUAGAUGUUUUCCUUCAAGUUCUUCAUUAUUUUGUUAUUAACAAUAAGGUUCUUUAUUGUGUUUCUGUUAUGAAUCUAAAUUUGUGGAAUAUUUUGCUGACUCGAACUUGCAUAUAAGUCUUGUUAAUUAUUAAUUUCAUUUCUGGAAUAUGAUGAAGAAACUUUCUUCAAUAAGAGGAGGAUAAUGUGCCCUAACUCAGAGGGACAAUUCUGUUGAGGACGUUGUGGACACCACUUUUGUUCAGAACGACGAUCCUCUGCUUGUGAAUUUUGUUACCACUCCCCCUGUUCCGGUCAGUGUUUAGAAUGACAAUCCAAGUGAAGUUUCUGAUGAUGUUAAUGCUGAACCCUCAAUUGGAAGUGAGGUUGUUAUUGCUCAAAAGUCUCUUCCUGAUCCGGUCAGUGUUCACAAUGACAGUCCAGUGGUUCUUACUAUUGUGAAUCUCAAUGCAGGGGACACCUGUUCGUGCAGCCAGAAAAACCAGUUCUAAGUCUAAAUAUAAGGUAAUUAUUUUUAUCCAAUUCAUUUUGCUUUAUUUUAUUAUUGUUCAAUUGUUAUUUAAUUUCAUUUGUUUUUUCUUUUAAAAUGCUAGGUAGGAAGAAAUGCAAUAAGAGCUCUCUUUGGUCUCAGAUGGACCCCGGAUGAGAAUCAAAUUUUGGAACAAGCAAUCAACAUGUUUGAUUCUAAUUCUGAUUUGAUUGUGAAGCAUUGUCUGCCACUUCUCAAAUGGCGGGAUGCCAAGUCUAUUAGAAUGAGGCUUAAGAGAGUUGAAGAUAAUAAGAAGGGGAAGAAGACAAAUGGUGCUGCUAAUGCCUUGACAGUUGGGCUAGCUACUGUUGUUUCUAUGGCAGUCAAAGAAGCUGUUGAUGAUGUUACGAACAGUAUCUAGCCAAGCUGCCAAGGCAUCAGCAGCACCAUUUGUCUUCUUCCCCUUCUUAUUAUCUUCAACUCUCUUAAGCCUCGUUCUAAUGGACUUGGCAUCCCGCCAUUUGAGAAGUGGCAGACAAUGCUUCACAAUCAAAUCAGAAUUAGAAUCAAACAUGUUGAUUGCUUGUUCCAAAAUUUCAUUCUCAUCCGGGGUCCAUCUGAGACCAGGGAGAGCUCUUGUUGCAUUUCUUCCUACCUAGCAUUUUAAAAGAAAAAACAAAUGAAAUUAAAUAACAAUUGAACAAUAAUAAAAUAAAGCAAAAUAAAUUGGAUAAAAAUAAUUACCUUAUAUUUAGACUUAGAAUUGGUUUUUCUGGCUGCACCAGGAACAGGUGUCACCUGCAUUGAGAUUCACAAUAGUAGGAACCAUUGGACGGUCAUUCUGAACACUGACCGGAUCAGGAAGAGGCUUUUGAGCAAUAAGAACCUCACUUCCAAUUGAGGAUUCAGCAGUAACAUCAUCAGAAACCUCACUUGGAUUGUCAUUCUGAAUACUGAUCGGAACAACGGGAGUUAUAACAAAAUUCACAAGCAGAGGAUCGUCGUUCUGAACAAAAGUGGUGUCCACAACGUCCUCAACAGAAUUGUCCCUCUGAGUUAGGGCACAUUUUCCUCCUCUUAUUGAAGAAAGUUUCUUCAUCCUAUUCCAGAAAUGAAAUUAAUAAUUAAUAAAACUUAUAUGCAAGUUCGAGUCAGCAAAAUAUUCCACAAAUUUAGACUCAUAACAGAAACACAAUAGAGAACCUUAUUAUUAAUAACAAAAUAAUGAAGAACUUGAAGGAAAACAUCUAACCAGUUCAUCCAACCAGUUUUUGAUAACAAAGCACAACACAACGGCGAGCUUCAAGAUGAAGAUCUCUCAGAUCGAUGAUCCGUAUGGUGAGUUUUUAGAACUCAUAAAGAAUUUCCAAGCGGGAAGAAUUGAUAGAAGACGUUUCAGAGCAAGAGUGCAGGUAUUGUGUAGUGGAAAUACAGAUUUGAUUUUCAGAUUCAACACCUUAUUGAAAAACAAAUAUCAAAUCAAACUUAAGAUCACUGGGGUCAAACGAAAAUAUGUGAAGAAGAAGAAGAAGAAGAAGGUAGAAGAAAACCGUGAACUUCCUUGGGAUGUUCUUGAUAACAUUUGCAAAACACUAGAUUUUCACGACCUCUUUCAGUUUGCCGGUGUGUGCAAGAAUUGGAAGGCUUUUCAUAAAAUUUACUGGACAAAUUUCAUAGCAUACCAAGAACCAUUACUUCUCCGAAAUGUGUAUAGUAAUACGCAUCUUCAAGAAUUCUUUUCCUUAAUAAGCAUUCCCAAUCAAAAAAUUUAUUCCUUGAAGAAGAUGGAGUGCUUAUCCAACUCUAUGUAUGUCGCGUCUUCUAGCGGAUAUUUUAUCAAGGCGGGAUUCAAUGAUUCAUUUCAGAUAUUCAAUCCAUUUACAAGAACAAAGAAGGUAAUCAAUGCCUCUAACUUUGAAGUUAUCUCUAAUGCUUUUGCUAGCCAUGCAUUGCUUGCUCUUAGCAAAUGCUCCGAGGAUUUUGUUUUGGUGGUUUUAUGCACAUGCUCUAGGAAUUUGCGUGUCUAUCAAUCUAGAAACUAUGGUUGGGUUAGUUAUUCUUCAGCAAUAGGAAAUCAAGAAGAGAAGAUUGUUCACUUUGUGGUUUUGCACAGUAUAAUAUACCUUGUCACUAACAAGGCCAACAUAGGAGUGCUUAGCUUGAAUUCUACAAACAUUAAAUUUCUAAAACUGAAGAGUACUCCUGAUGUAACUAGCAUACACCUUAAGCUGGUUAAUUGUGAUGAACAACUUUUACUGGUUGAUUUAAUGGAAGAUAAAAUGAUUAGGAAUGUGUACAAGAUAGACUUCUCCACCAUGAAUUAUGUCAAACUUGAAACUUUGGGGGAUAUUGCAUUAUUUUAUGCUUGUAAUGGUUUGAAGAAAGAUUGUUAUGCAUUGAGCAACCCGAACAAGUGGGGAUAUGAGAGAAACUCUGUGUAUGUCACCCUCUUUUCAUCUACAAUAUGUAGAGUGUAUUCAUGGGAUGAUAAAAAAUUGCAAAAAUGCAUUAUGCUUCCAACUCCCGAUGAAACAGGUGUCUUCGUGUUUGACUGGUGUUUUAGACAUCUACAAUACGAGAUAGAUUAUUCUCUAGUUGAGUAACUUGCAUAUUGUACGUUGUGUUACUUAUGUUCUUUGUGUUUCACCCCAUUUUCCUUUUUGCUUGUGUCAAACUUGUAAUUUAAUUAUAGCUAGAAUGAGGGAGGGUGACCGUCUAUUUAAGUCUAGUACUAUUUAUUAUUUUGUCUGUUAAUUGUUUCUAAUUUGAAGUGUAUAAUUGCUAAAAUUGUGUCUGCAAUCUUCAUUACUGUUUGAUCAAUGAAAGUUUAUCCGAA